AGUCGUCGAAAAAAACCAAAUUACUGUUCGUUUAGUGAAGGUGAGCCUCGUGUAAUGUCCACUAUUGAUUUCUAUUUUAAUCCGUCAUACGUGCCGCUCCCUUACAGUAAUUUGUAUGAAGUCAUGUCAAAGGUGCAGUUUCUCAGAAGUCCUCCAGCAUUGGUCAGGAGUUGAUGAGUCAGCGGGCAGAGGAGGGUCUUCAUCCCGCCUCCGAGUCCUCCCUGCCCGCUGACUCAGUGCCUUCGAAGCAUCGUCGUUCACCUGGGACUUGGAGCAGAGCAGCGGCAUCCUCUCCGGAAACACGAGCAUCCAACAUGAACACAGACAUGGCCAAAACAGCGUCUGCGUACAAGGAGAAGGUGAAAGAGCUCUCCGUCUUCUCGCUCAUCUGCUCCUGCUUCUACCCAGAGACACGCAAGCUCGCCAAAGAGUUGGAAGAUAUUGAGGUGAAGCCGAUAAACAAGCGCGCCUCUGGGCAGGCGUUUGAGGUGAUCCUGAAGCCCCUGUCUCCAGUAUCCGAAGUGGGCCACGGCCUGGCUUCUCCCCCCAAGAGAGACAUUUCCUUGGACGACAUCGAGAAAAAACUGGAGGCGGCUGAAGAGCGGAGAAAGUACCAAGAAAGUCAGGUGCUGAGGACUUUGGCGGAAAAGCGAGAGCACGAGAGGGACGUUUUGUUCAAGGCCUUGGAGGAGAACAACAACUUCAGCAAGAUGGCCGAGGAGAAGCUGCAGAUUAAGAUGGAGCAAAUCAAGGAGAACCGCGAGGCCCAUCUGGCAGCCAUGCUGGAGCGUCUGCAGGAGAAGGAGAGACACGCGGCGUUGGUGCGCAGGAACAAAGAGCAGAGAGACGUGCUGACACCAUGAGGCGUGCACCAGUGCCAAGUAUGAUCUCUGUCACUCCGUCCAAUCCGUCCCCUUCAUCCGUCCUUCAUCAGCGCUCCUCUGAGAACCCACUCCAGAACACGAGUACGUGCCAGACGUGGAGGACAUCACCACCAUGAUGACACUACACCGGUCACCUGUCAAUCAAUCAACUUAGCUGUCAGUAUUAGCCAGGAUUUCUUGAUUUUACAGAGGGAUCUUAUUUUGUAAAUAUUAUUUCAUCUAUCUAUCUAUCUAUCUAUCUAUCUAUCUAUCUAUCUAUCUAUCUAUCGGUUUUCCUGUGCAUUGUAAGUUGGAUGUAGACUGACGUUGGCAAUGUAUUCCUGAUGAUGAUGAUUUUUUUUUGUGUGUACCUAAUAUGCAGCCAAACAUCUGUAUCUUCAACAUGCACGCUUGGAAUGUACAACAAUACAAAAAAACAACCCUCUGCAAUGUGAUUGGUGCUUUAUUUAUGAUAUGAUUACGAUCCAAACGUCUUCACUCAAGAAGUCUCUUUUGUAAUAUACAGUACAGUAAUACUUACAGUGCAGUACCAUUUAUGUCUGCUUGUGUCCUCCGCUGCUUAUCUGCCCGUGUACCCCUCCCCCACCCUAACGUUUUCUUCAUAAAUUUCUCUGUGAAAGCUUUGCUUAAAGAAUAAUAAACAUUUGGGGUUCUGUGAACAUGAAACAUCCAGUGAGUUUCUCUGCAAAAAGACACUAAAAUGUAUGUCAACUGCCUAAUAAAGAGUCAAGGCUUGCA